UAAUGGAAGAAGAAGGAUUCUAUACUAAUUUGAUGAAUGAGGGCAACGAUUCCUUAGAUUGGGAUAGUUUGAGUAGUAUGCCUGUGGAGGAUGAUAUGAGUAACCAGCUUGAUGAGAAUGGCAUGAGUAGCGAGCCUGUCACGCAGCAGUUCCCAACUGCUGAGAGGACUACCGUGGCUAGACCAAAUCAAAAAAGAUCGAAGAAUUUUAGCGAACAAGAAGAUAAGAUACUUGUGUCGGCGUGGUUGCAUGUAAGUUUGGAUCCAGUGCUAGGCACAAAUCAAACUCGUGCUGCAUAUUGGACUAGAAUAUACGAGCACUUCUACAAAACGAGUAAAUCCACACCAGAUCGCAGCCAAAAUUCACUUAUGCAUCGUUGGGAAACUAUACAAGAGAAUGUCAACAAGUUUUGUGGAUAUCUGAGCCAGAUUGAGGGUAGAAGGCAAGGCGGGGUUAGUAUACACGACAAGAUUGCUCAGGCAAUUGCUGUAUUUAAGGAGUUGGAAGGAAAGCCCUUUCAAUUCCUUCACUGCUGGUCUCUCUUGCGGUCACAAUCUAAGUGGCAUGAUAAGAUGAAGCAAAUAACAUCCCAGAAACCCUGUGCCACCAACAGACAGAAGCCAAGCAUAGAUGGUUCAGCAAAAGCUACACCCACAAAUGAUGAAACUACCAAUCAUGUUGGUGAAGAUAAUGAACCUACAGAGACUGAAGAGCCAAAGAGACCGAUGGGGAAGCCACCAGAUCAGAGAAUGGGAGGGAAGGAGAUGGCAAUAUUUGGUGGCAAUCGUACUUGGAGUUCAGAUUAG